AAGCAGAAGGCUAAAUAAGUGAAUAUAAAAAAAAAGCGAAGAACGAAGCCAUAAUAUACUGAGUAAAUUAUGAAAACCUACCAAUGUUGACACUGGCGCACGCUUGCAACAACUAAAUAUGAGUGCUAAGGUGAAAUCCAUUGUGAUUGUGAACUUGAAAGCCGGUGAUAAUGUGAAUGAAUGCCUUUUGAGGCAGCAAAUGCAAAAUGCUUAAAGUGAAUUAUAGCAAAGGUGAAUUAUUAUAAAUGAUACAUAUGUGCAACGGGUGAACGAAGAAAUACAAUUUGCAGAAAAAUCCCCGAGUGCAUGCAUCGGGUGAAAAUUUUGUGAUUUUUCAGCGAGCGCAAAAAUAAUUCAGAACACGUAGAAAGAUACUUUAGUUUUUCGUUGUAAAUGUGCUCUUUAAUUGUAUUACCAGCCAGUGAAAUCAUAACACGCAGCAACACCGAAGGGAGUAAAACCUGUACCGUUGUCCAUUACAUAGACGCACGCACGCAUGCCAACACAUUUCCCACCCAUUCCGCAAACUUAUUGUCCAAGUGAAGCGCAGCGUUGUGAAGUAUUUCCUCUAGCCUUUCAGCGUUCCACUCCCCUGCCGAGAGUGUGUGUGUGUGUGACCUUGUUGUAGUAAGUAAAUAGAACCCACACACAUACCAAUCCCACGCCGCUAAAUGCCGUUGAGGAAAAUGUCUGCGGCUGCAGGUUCAACUGUCGCCGCGCUUGCUGCUAUUGCUGCGACUACUACAACCACAACAACAGUUACCACCUUCGCUACGGCAGCAGCUACGGCGCUCGCAGCAGCAACAGCGACGGGCAGCAGCAAUCACAGCAAUGUCGCCAACAUUAUGGGUGCCGGCAGCGACAUCGCGACAAGUGAGACUGCAAGCGCUGCUAGCAGCGCCGAUUAUUUGCCGCUUCAAUUGACCACCGCCAAAGUGGAUUUGGACAUUGAAAUCGAUAUACAACUGCUCACAAACGGCUACGACGGCACAACGCUAACUUCCUAUUUCAAUGACACGUCGUGGAUAAAUCCUUCUGAGGCCGACACGAUAGUGGGUGAGGAACCUGAUGCGGUGUCUCUUGUGUCAAUUUUAGUUGUUGGCAUCUUCCUGUCAGUGCUGAUUUUUCUAUCGGUCGCCGGCAAUAUACUCGUCUGUCUCGCCAUUUAUACGGAACGCAGUUUGCGGCGCAUCGGCAAUUUAUUUCUGGCGUCAUUAGCGAUAGCGGACUUAUUCGUUGCAUCCCUGGUGAUGACAUUCGCCGGCGUCAAUGAUCUGUUGGGCUAUUGGAUUUUCGGCGCACAAUUUUGUGAUACUUGGGUCGCUUUCGAUGUGAUGUGCUCAACGGCGUCCAUUUUGAAUUUAUGCGCCAUCUCAAUGGACCGUUAUAUACACAUAAAGGAUCCGCUCAGAUAUGGUCGCUGGGUGACACGACGUGUCGCAGUCAUUACAAUUGCUGCCAUUUGGCUGCUGGCCGGAUUUGUCUCGUUUGUGCCGAUCUCGUUGGGCCUGCAUCGACCGGAGCAGCCGUUAAUCGUGGAAGACAAUGGUAAACGGUAUCCCACCUGUGCGCUGGACCUGACGCCAACCUAUGCGGUCGUAUCUAGUUGUAUCAGUUUCUACUUCCCAUGUCUGGUUAUGAUUGGCAUCUACUGUAGACUCUACUGCUACGCACAGAAGCACGUUAAGUCCAUUAAGGCGGUGACGCGACCCGGCGAGGUGGCCGAGAAGCAACGCUACAAAAGUAUACGACGUAACAAAAACCAACCGAAAAAGUUCAAAGUGCGCAAUCUACAUCACAGUUCACCCUAUCAUGUCUCUGAUCACAAGGCCGCCGUAACGGUCGGUGUCAUCAUGGGGGUCUUCCUAAUCUGUUGGGUGCCAUUCUUUUGUGUCAAUAUUGUCGCCGCCUUUUGUAAAACCUGCAUCGGGGGACAGACCUUUAAAAUACUCUCGUGGCUAGGUUAUUCCAACUCGGCCUUCAAUCCCAUCAUUUACUCAAUAUUCAACAAAGAAUUUCGUGACGCCUUCAAGCGCAUACUCACUACAAGAAAUCCGUGGUGUUGCCGACAGGAAGUUGGCAAUAUACAUCCGCGCAAUAGCGAUCGUUUUGUAACCGAUUAUGCAGCGAAAAACGUGGUUAUGAUGAAUUCGGCACGCUCGUCGGCCGAACUGGAGCAAGUGUCUGCGAUUUGACCAAAACGCACCGCUUCGGCGUUGGUUUGCUGCAUGUCCAGUGCAGAUGCUGCUUCACUAACGACGACAUAUAUUCCGUGAGAUUCGGUAACUGUGGCAACCACGACCAUCGUGGAGGCUUUGCCGGUUGUGACGGAAAUGGAAACGGAAUUAGUUUAAAAUUGCUGAACUACGAAGAGGAUAUAGUGACGAUGAAACCUU